AUGGGUCUCUGCCAGCUGUGCAAGUCAAUUGAUUUCGCGAAUCUUCCCGGGCCAGCAAAGGGGGCUAUUUCAUACCCUGCUGUAGCCGAAACACAUCAACUCGCGGAAGAACGACGAAAGAAACAUCCUUCUUACAAAUAUCCUUCUGGAACCAAAUUCGUGGAUGGACCUGGUCACGCCUUGUACAACCUGUCGCACAAGAAGGACAAAGAAUCUUUUGCAAUUCCACACCACCAGUCCACUACGGACCUCGAAAAUGCGGCAGUUGGUUGUGACCUUUGUAAGCUACUUCUGGAGCCGGUCCGCGAGCUUGAACAAAAUUUGCGGGAUGUCAACUCAUAUGCUAUUCUCUACAAACCUCGUCACCCAUUUCGCUAUUGGAUUUCGAAGACCACAUCGUCCGUCUAUAAACAUGGAUUCAUUUUUUGGACGCAAACAAAGCGCAAGCGCAUGUAUUUCCUAGGCACCAUAGUGUUCACAGUCGAUGAUGACUCAAAGUUGGCACAAUACAUUGCUGGUCGCCUAAUUGAACAAAAUCCUGCAUCAGACAAAUCUUGGUCUCGAGUUAAUCAUUGGGUUACUCAUUGCGACAAGAAUCAUGCUGAGUUUACCUUGGCUGGAUCACUGCCCACGAGAAUACUGGAUUUAGGAGAAACUACAGACAGCAAAAUUAAACUUGUCGAGAAGAAAGGACUGAUGGCUAAAUACAUAACACUAAGCUACCAAUGGGGAGGGAAGGUCUGCUUGAUCACCGAAAGAAAAACGUUGGCCGAACGUGUGGCUGAUAUACCAUGGGAGAUUCUGCCACAAACGUUCAAGGAUACCGUGAUCAUCUGCCGACAUCUCAAAAUCCGCUACCUUUGGAUUGAUUCUCUCUGUAUCAUCCAAGGAGAUGCUGAUGACUGGCAGAUUGAAGCUGCUCAAAUGGGAGAGUACUAUGCGAAGGCGUAUUUGACAAUAAGUGCGUCAGCUGCUGCUAACCCGUUGUCUGGCUGUCUUGUUCAGCGUGACAUUGCUCAAUAUGUUCAACUUCCAUACACUUCCAAUGAAGUUUCCGAUGUCGUUCAUGCCUCCUUGGCCCCAUUUAAGCUUGGAGAUUUUGGCAAUCAAAUCAACAUUCUCGAAGACGAACCCAUCAGUGCUCGGGGAUGGACAUUCCAGGAAAGAGUCCUCAGUCACCGAACUCUAUAUUAUGCCACCAAGCAGCUAUACUUCGAGUGCAUGACAGAAGUCUGCACAGAAGACGGUUUUCAUUCGGACGAUAGGACGUUGAAAGUCGAUAAGCAAGAGAAAGAAGAACUCCUGGAUCUUUGGGAUACGCUUGCAGAAAAUUAUGGCAAUCGGGAACUCUCAUUUAUAACGGAUAAACUACCAGCUAUCUCUGGAAUUGCUGCUUUCUUCAACGAGCAGCUUGGUGACACAUAUCUUGCAGGACUUUGGAAAAGUACUUUACCUGGAUCAUUGCUAUGGACUUCCAACAAACAUAAGGAAGAGUGGCCUCCCAAGCCUCCCUACCGUGCACCUUCGUGGUCUUGGGCUUCGCUUGGUAGUUUCCAAACGGCAUACGAAGGACAUACAUCGUGUGAAAUGUUAGCAGCAGUCAUACUCGCUAGCAUUACAGUGCCAGGACAGAAACUAAACAAUUACGGUCAAGCUACAGAUGGAUGGCUCGAACUGAAGGCACCUCUGAUUCCCGUACAUAUUUUCGAGGAAGAUAAUCCACUCAUCUGGGAGGGUAGUGCAUUGCAGGUUGGCAGUGGAGAUCGUCUCGAAUGUGAUUGGGACUAUAAGAUCGGCAAAGAGGUUUUGAAGGAAUUCUCGCUCUACAUACUGGUCAUUGGGCGCUGGCCUUGGAACUCUAUAGUCCUUUAUCCCUCGUUGGUCAUUGCAUUGGAGCUAAACGGGAGCGGUCAUUAUCGUCGAAUGGGUAUGGUUUUACCAAAGCUUGAUCAUUUGGGGAAACACGCUCCUGAAGGCGAUGUUUUGUGCCAGGCCGUCACUUUGAUCUGA